AUGAACAGGGACCUAAAUUGUUCUGGCAAUGGUACAAAAGUCUGGAGCUCCCAGCUAGUCCUCGGCCUGGGUAUCCCCCAGCUGACCAUUAACUUAAUAUCUGUGGCCUUCAACUGCACAGUCAUUUUCACCAUCGUGUCUACAAAAGAUCUGCAUAAGCCCAUCUUUGUCCUCUUCUGCAAUUUGGCUUUUUCGGACCUCUUCACCAGCUCUUCAGGUUUCUGGAUUUCAAUACUGUUCAUCACUGACCCAGAAAGCACCGUCUUCGGCUCCAAGGACAUCCUCGUACCUUAUGCUUUCUACACCAUAUCUAUUCUGUCCACCAUCUAUAACCAAGUCAGCAUUGGCAUUGAACGCUACUUGGCUGUGGCCGAAGGCUUCAGGACGAGGUACAGGAUUUCUAGGAACCAGUCACUGGUGGCAGCUCUCAUUAACUGGACACUUGCUUUUCUUUUGGGUGGCAUGCCUUUGAUGGGCUGGGAUUGCUAUAAGAAGGAAAACAGGUCUGUUCUGUACAGCCCUCUUUGUAUCGACUAUCUUAUCUUCAUCACCAUCCCAAACUGCGUGGUGGCCUUUAUCUUGCCUUUCUUCACCUACCUUAGCAUCAUUGUCAUCUUAAGGAAACAGAAGUGUGCAAUGAAAGCACACAGGCAAACUCUCGGUGCCUACAAAUCAGCUGAGCUCCAAGUUGCCACGACUAGUAUUUUCAUCUGGCUUUUAGCACUGGUCUCCUAUGCCCCUUUUUUUGCAGGAGUCAUACUGGAUGCAACCAUGCAGUUGUGCCACGCCGAGGCGUACCCGAGGGUCUUUGUAUUCAGGAACUGUAGUGCUAUGAUGAUAACCAUGAACUGCUUGGGGAACCCCAUCAUCUACACACUCAAAGUCAAAAACCUGGGGCAUAAACUCAGAUUGCUGAAGUGCCCUUCCAGCAACCGCAUCCAAGUGCAGGCUAUUGGGAAUAGCUAA